AUGCUCACGCCGACGCGAACCAAACAACGUCGAGUCCACGGACGCCUGCUGCCGGUACCUCAGUACAUCCAAUACUUUACGGCAUUAAUGCCAAUAUGCCUCCGCCUCAUCCUCGUCGUCGCCCUGCCCUCCAUCACCACGACCACCACCAUCCUCCUCCUCGUCCAGGACCCACCCCACCCGGUGCUGAUCCUCUCAUGA